UAAAAAGCACUUAGAAAACGGCUGCACAACAGUUCAUAUGACUGAGUCUAAGUUAUACGACAGGUUUACAUACACUGCAUUGACGUUCUUAUGCGCCUUUGGAGAUGUAAAUCAAAUCCAUCCGAUGUCCAAAAGUCACAAAAGUUUGUGGGCAGGCGACAGAGUUUGAUAGAGGAUGCGCGUAAAGAUCGUGAAGCGGCGGCCGCAGCGGCGGAGGCGGCGGGACAAAGCGAGCAGAUCGUGUUUGAGGAGAGCGAUGGAAAGGCUUUGCUCAGUCUAUUCUUUUCUUUGAGGAGCACAAAGAGUCCAGCGCUGUCCCGCACUCUGAAGGUUUUUGAGACCUUUGAAGCCAAGAUCCACCAUCUUGAGACAAGACCCAGUCGAAAGCCAAAGGACGGAUUAGAGGAGCUGGAAUAUUAUGUUCAAUGUGAAGUCCAUCUGUCAGAUGUCAGUACACUGGUCAGCUCCCUAAAGAGAAGCGCAGAGGACGUCAAAACCACCAAAGAAGUUAAAUUUCUCUGGUUUCCCAGAAAAAUUGCUGAACUGGAUAGAUGCCAUCACCUUGUCACCAAAUUUGACCCUGAUUUAGAUCAGGAUCAUCCGGGGUUCACUGACCCCGUUUACAGAAAGCGGCGGAAGAUGAUUGGAGACAUUGCCUUCAAAUUCAAACACCGAGAGCCGAUUCCUAGAGUUGAAUACACAGAAGAAGAAAUCGGGACAUGGCGUGAGGUUUACUCCACCCUCAGAGAUCUGUACACGACCCACGCCUGUAGUGAACAUUUAGAGGCUUUCCAUUUACUAGAGAAACACUGUGGCUACAGCCCCGAUAACAUCCCUCAGCUUGAGGAUGUGUCCCGCUUCUUAAAAGAGCGCACUGGAUUUCAGCUGAGACCGGUGGCAGGUCUUCUCUCUGCACGAGACUUUCUGGCUAGUCUGGCCUUCCGUGUGUUUCAGUGUACGCAGUACAUACGGCACGCCUCCUCCCCCAUGCACUCGCCUGAACCGGAUUGUGUCCAUGAACUUCUUGGCCACGUACCCAUACUGGCAGAUAAAACAUUUGCACAGUUUUCCCAGAAUAUUGGUCUGGCAUCACUUGGAGCCUCUGAUGAAGAUAUUGAAAAACUGUCAACACUGUAUUGGUUCACGGUGGAGUUUGGACUGUGUAAGCAGGGAGGAAAAAUCAAAGCGUACGGAGCAGGCUUGCUCUCUUCUUACGGGGAGCUGGUGCAUUCCCUCUCAGACGAGCCAGAGAGACGAGAGUUCGAUCCGGACAUUGUAGCUGUUCAGCCAUACCAAGACCAAAAUUACCAACCCAUCUAUUUUGUGUCUGAGAGCUUCUGUGACGCCACAGAGAAACUGAGAACAUAUGUUACCCGGAUCAAGAGGCCGUUUUCUGUGCGGUUUGACCCGUACACCAACAGUAUAGAGGUGCUGGAUAACCCCCUAAAGGUCAAGCUGGGGCUGGAGACCAUCAAAGAUGAGCUGAAGGUCCUCACGGACGCCCUUAAUGUGUUGGCUUGAUUCAGUCAUGAUGAGCCAAUCAGUGUCUUCUGUUUCUCUGUGCUACAUACUGUAUUUGACAGUCUCAUGCUGUGCGUCUUUUACAUCUGCUGCUACAGAAGUCAUGUGCCAACCUCAAACCUCGCGAUUUAUCGUGACUGCAAAACCAUAAUGAAUCACUCACCAGAAAGUCUGUCAAUAAUAAAUUUACACAAUAGUGUAAAGUGAUUCUAGUUAUUAAAGCCAAAAGUUAUAAAUGAGAUAUAGCCGGAUGAAGUAGUUCACUGAAUUACAUAUGUACAGAAUAUCAUUGAAUAUAUAAUCAGUGCAAAUUCAGAAUGUAUUAGAAUCUCAAAUAUAUUCAUAAAAUAUGGUGAUAUAAUGUGAUAAAUAAUAUUCUCCUACAGAUUUUAAAUAUUUUAUCAUUUAUUACUUCUGAUCAACGUUGCAUCAUUCGUAAACACUGGGCCUACUGAUCGGUGCCUCUUUACGUUCAUGUUUCUUUAGAAAACACGAAAUAUGAAUGUCUGAAUAGCCAAAUCUUUGCAAAAAGUGACAUAAUUGUGGAAAUAUAAUUUCUAUAAUCCUAAAUAAAGCUCAAAGAGAGAAGACUGUGUACUGGACACUUCAUAAUAUAUGUAGAAAGACAUCAAGAUCUAUGC